CAUCUUUCGCCACGUGUCUCUUAUUCUCUACUCCUACAAAUCCCCCUAUUUAUUUCCCUACUUUUCCAAACGUCUUUUUCAUUCCAUCCAAACACAAACAAACACAAACAAUCCAAUACAAAAAUCCAAAUGUUAUAUAAUUCGACUGAGUCGACUCGCCGGACAUUCUUUUUCCCGGCAGUAAAGCCUUCUGAAUCAGUUUCCAUUACCACCCUUUUAAAUUCUUUGAUUUCUCUAUCCAAACAAAUCCUUAAUUUCAACAAUUUUAAUGAGUUUGUCUUUAUUUCUAAUAAGCGAAAUGCUAAAAACGCAAUUCGCUUAGUACAAGUUCUUGAGCUUUUUCUUCAAGGACUGAAAAAUGAUGAUCUUUUUGAUAAGAUGGGUAAAACUGUCAUUUUACCACUGUUGGAUCUCCACGUGGCACUCCAGAAGCUUAACUUUUUAUUUGAGGAUUACACGCGCCGAGACGCGCGCAUGUGGAUGCUUGUGAAGUCUGAGCUUGUUGGGCGUCACUUCCGGGUCUUGAUCGGGUCUGUGUUUUCAUCUGUGGAGGCUAUUGGACUUGAUGGGAUUUGGGGUUGGGAUGAUGAGGUUAGAGAUUUGGGUUUGUUUAUAAUACGUCAAGGGAAGGAGGCCCGUUUCGAGGCCCAAACUGAGGAUGUUUGGGCCUUUAAUCUUGUUAAAUUGGCUUUGGGCCAGUUUGAGAGUCGGGUUAUACCUAACCCGAGGGAGCUUAGGUGGGUCAUGGACUACUUGGGAAUCAAGAAAUGGACGGAUUGCAAUGAACAAAUCAAAUUUCUUGAGGAAGAAACCGGGUCGGGUUCGAGCUCUGCUGCGAGGUUGAUGGGUCUAAUGGUGUAUUGUCGUUGUGUACUCUUUGAUCACAUUGAUGAGGGUGAUUCUACAAGGAAUGAGGGCAAUGACUACAAAUACCAACUUGGGUUUAUAAAUCCGGAUGACAUCAAAUGCCCGAUUUCGUUAGAGAUCAUGGUGGAUCCGGUUACAAUCUCAACGGGUCACACUUAUGAACGGGUCAACAUUCUCAAGUGGUUCAAAGCGGGCAACCCGACUUGCCCCAAAACGGGCCAAAGCCUCCAAAGCUUAGACAUAGUGCCUAACUUAGCUCUCAAGGAGGUCAUCAAGCAAUAUUGUUCAAAAAAUGGUGUUACAUUUCCUAUGCAAAAAGAAAAGGGAUCAACCAAAAAAAGUUGUGUGAAUAAUGUAGCAAAUUUAGCGGCUAGAAUGGUAGCCGAUUUUUUGUCAAUUAAGUUAGCAAUGGGAACAAUAGGAGAGAAAAGUAAAGCAGCCUAUGAGAUUAGGCUACUUACUAAAAGGAACGUUUUUAAUCGGGCAUGUUUUAUAGAAUCUGGAGUAAUUCCAUAUUUGUUGAAUCUCCUUUUAUCAAAAGAUUCAACUGCCCAAGAGAAUUCUAUAGCCGCCUUGUUGAAUCUCUCCAAGCACCCGGAAAGCAAGCCUGUGAUUGCAAACAAUACGGGCUUGACUAUGAUUAUAAGGGUGCUUAAAAAGGGGCUCAAGAUGGAGGCAAGGCAGCAUGCCGCGGCCACCCUAUUUUACCUCUCGGAAGAACAAAACCGAGAAUUGAUUGGAAGCAAUCCGGAUACAAUUCCUUCUUUAGUAGAAUUGAUCCGAAUUGGGGGUGACCAAGGCAAGAAAAACGCCCUAGUCUCCAUCUUUAGUCUCCUAUUGCAUACAAGUAACCAUUCUAAAGUCCUCAAAGUCGGACUAGUCCCUCUUCUUAUUGACCUCUUAUGCUCUAACGAAACUAAUGACGAUCUUAUUGUUGAUUCCUUAGCAGUACUUGCAGCUCUAGCAGAGAAACCUGAUGGAGCUAGGGCGAUCCUACAUGCAAGAAUCGCCCUAGAUGUAGUCGUAAACAUCCUAUGCUCAACUUCCUCCGAUUUUUCAAGGCUUGGAAGGGAGCAUUCCGUAUCAUUGCUAGUCGCGAUGUGUACAAAUUGUGGAACAGAAGUGGUCGAGGUUUUAGUGAAGAACACUUGUGUUAUGGGAGCAUUGUACUCUCUUCUUGUUGAGGGAACUUCAAGGGCUGGCAAGAAGGCUAGAUCUCUAAUCACCAUUCUUCUUGACUUCUCAGAAAGGAGUUCCUCAAGAUCAUCUAUGCAUCAUGCUUUACCACAUGACAAUUUUAUACAUGUGUGGUAAACAUUGAUACAUGCAUAUAAUUUAUACCUACUUUUUUUAAUUUAUAGCGUAUAAUUUUGUAAAUAUGCAUAAAAUACAUAUACCAAAUGUAUUGUUUUAAAUUUUUAAUUUUGUGAUUCAGUUGAGAUUAGCUCUUUUUUUUGAGAGCUAAUCUUAGCGUAAUAUGAGCUUCCAAAUUUUUGGUGAAGCCAUAUUUGUAGAGAAUUGAAGUAAUGUAAUGUAAUGUAAAAUAUAUUGUUGCUAUUACUUUUUUUUUUCCUUUGUUAAAAUGUGCUUGUUAUUAAUAAAUUAAUAAAUUGAAUAUUUUCUUUUGUGUUGUAUGAUUAGAUAUGUUAAUUUCUAGCCCCUCAAAAUUAAUUAGAAAUUUGAUUGAAAAUUAGUGGGUCAUAAUAGGCAUAUACCCCUUAAAUGACGAGCUUGAUCUCGUUGGAGUACACUUCAUCCCUUUAUUUAAUUGGUACAUUCUUUUUUUAAAA